AUGGUUGUCUGUUCCCCCCCUGGGGAUGUCAUUGACUGCACCUGCCUCAGGCUCGUGUGGGCAGUCUCUGCCUGGUCUGCCUCUCCUCACGGCGUGGGAGCGAAAAGGGACAAGCAGAGCACCUGCCGGCCAUGGACAGGAGCUGCUGCAGCUGAAGCUGGAGAGGCCAGAGAACGUUAAAGAAGAAGAAAUGGAAGGCCCUCCGGCCAGCAGCUGCUUCCCGCUGCAGGCAAGAGAGAGCCAGCCUCUCCGGGUGAGGAAGGAUCCCUCUUCGUAGUCCACAGCAGGUCAGACCACCGACAUGCACUACCACAGGGUCUGUAUGCGUCACCAACAGCACGGUACGGCCAUGUAGUGUGCGAGCGAGCGAGGCUGCAUGUCUAGGAAGCCUUAUAUUGGAAGAGAUGCGACACACGUAUUCUCUUAGGUGGAGGACAGCCAAGCAGCCACAGUUACAGAAAAGGAACGGUGAAGAGGAGCAGAAAGAAGUGUCUGAACUGGCAAAUCCUCCUGGUACCACCAAGAGCGAGAGCUGUGGUGAGUCCAGGGCCCUCGGGGCCCUGUCACCCCUCUUGCGCAUCCCAGUCCCUCUCUGCCCCUCUCCUGGCCCCCUCCCUUUCCCAUGCUGCUGUCAUUAUUUUUUUUCUUCCCCGUACGUCUCCUCUCUAUUCUUCUGUCCUGCUCUCUCUUCCUCUCUCUCUUUCUCCUGCUCCCUUUUCUUUUUCUCUCUGCACUUUUGCCCUGCUCCUGCUUCCUCUCCCUCCUUCUUUUCAUCCUCCAUCUCUGUCUUGCAGCCCAUUGCUGUUUUUUUUCUUUUCCAUCUCUUUGUCCUGAUCUGCAUCUGUUUCUUUUUUCCCCACAAUUUCUCUGCCCUGUUCCCUGGUGUUCUUUUCCUUUCUGCACCUGUAUGUGCCACUCUGUGUUCCUGUCUUCCUAUCUCUCUCCUUCCUUCCUUUUCUUUCUCUCUCUAUCCCUUUGUCUUGCUCACUGUCGCUGUUUUUUCCCAUUCUGUAUCUCACUGUCCCUGUCCUCCUUCCUGUUCAUCUCUUACUCUCUCUGACCCUUUGUGCUGCUCCCUGUCCCUAUUACUUAUCCCUUCACCUCUCUGUUCCUGUUUUUUCUCAUGCUCUACCUCUCUGUCAUUCUCUCUGUUGCUCUCGUUGGCUCUCUAUCCCACUGUCCUGCUCCCUGCUCUCUCUUUCACAAUAUCCUGCUUUCUGGCUCCCUGUCCCUCAGCUGUUUUCUAUAUCCCUCUGUCCUUCCUCCUGUCUUUCCUUGUCCCUCUGGCCUGCUACCCAUCACUAUCUAUUUUUUCUUUCUCCAUCUUUCUGCCUCGGUCCUGUCACUCUCCUCCUCUCUCUGUCUCUAACGUUUCUUUCUCCAUCUCUGCCCUGCUCCCUGUCCCUUUUCUCUUAUUCUCUCUGUCCUCCACUUCCCCCUGCAACUUCUUGUCUGUGUAUCUCCAUACCACUGUCUGUCUCGCCCUUUCUCACUAUAUCCUCCUGCCCAGCUCGCUGUACCCUUGGUCCUGCUCCUGGGCCUUUCUUCUCAUCCUGCAGCCCAGAGCUGGUUUGUGUUUCUCCCUUGCUUUGUCCUAAUUUGUCUCUCUCUUUUCUCCCCCCUCAAUGCGUCUGGCUUGUUCCCCGUCUUUUUCUCUCUCUUCCUCCUUCUUUAUUCCUCUCGUUCAAUUUCUCUCUUGAUCCGUCUGUUCUGCUCCCUGCUUAUCGUUUUGUCUCUCUUUCCUACUCAUAGUGCACAAGCGAGCGAGGCUAUGUGUCUAGGAAUCUUCAUCUCGUAAGAGCUGUGGGUCACCCACAUAUUCUUAGGUGGAGGACAGCCAAGCAGCCAGAGUUACAGCAGAAAGAAGCGUCUGAACUGGCAAAGUCUCCUCGCAGCGCCAAGAGCAAGAGCUGCGCGUCCUGCUCCUCAUUUUUGGCAGCCCUCGCCUCUGCCCAGCAGCCCAUCGCUCCAGGAGCUGACAGAGUGACUGUCUGUUCCCCGAUGGACCGACGAGCGUGGCUCUGGGACCGACUGCUGAGGUGGCCCAGGGGCAGGGGGAGCAUCGGGGGCCCCGAGCCCCAGAGCAGACUCGCUCCCAGGACUGGCUAGGAGCGUGACCCAAUAAACCCUCGCCGUCCCCUCUGCCCUCCCGGCUGCGUUUGCGCUCCCUUUGCACCGUGCGAGGGGCCGUGAGGGAGCCCGGGGGAGGAGGUGAUGCGUUGGGGGGGGUCGGACGAUGCCCCCCCCCCGGCCCCCCGUUCCUGCAGGGCUCCAGCUGCGGGCCGGGGCCGGAGGAGCCCCAGCUGCCGGCAGUGAGGCUGAUGGCGACGGGGCCGCGCCGUGUCGGAGCCGGGCGGAGGGGCCUACCCGGAGACAGAGCCGGGGGCUCGGCCGGGAUCCCGGGUACGUCGGCGGAGGGGUUGGGGGAGCGGAACCGGUGUCCGCGGGGGGUCAGAGGGCGGGGAGGGCUGCCUCCCGCGGCGUGCCGGGAGCUGUCCUGCUGGGGCGCGGAGCUGGCGGCCGGCCGUGUUACGUCCCGGGGCGUGCCGGGAGCGGUAGUCUGCCGGCGCCGGGCGGCCGGGCUGUGUGUCCCGGGGCGUGCCGGGAGCUGUAGCGUUCGCGGACUCGGCUGCCGGGCAGCAGCGUUGCUCUCGGGCGGGUGCGGCGCGAGGUGUAGUUCCGUUGCCGGUUUCGCGUGGUCUCCUGCGGGCUUCCCGCUGCGCCCGCUCCCCCCACCUCCCCCCCGCCGUGCCUGCGCGCCGUGCUGCGCGUGGGGCGCCGCGCAUGCGCGGAGCUGCCGCCGCGGCCCACGCUGCCGUCCGGCCGGUAACGGCGACGCGGUGCCGGCAGGCUGGUGCCGCCGCGCUCGCUGCUGCCGCCCGGUGAGGAAACGCCGCGGCCGCCCCGUCCGCGCGGGGCCGGCGCGCAAAGCGCGGGACGGCAGCGCCGCGCCCGGGCACGCGCCGCCCCCCGGGUGCUCGCUGCCGCCGCCGCUGCUGCCCCCGCCUCGCGGCCGAGGCGCGGAACUGCAGCGCGGCCGCCGGUGCUGCUGCCGCUGCUGCAGCGUGGCAGCGUGCCGGGCGCGAUUCCCGGUGGUGGGUGAGGGCCAGGGCCGCCGGUGAGGCGAACGAGCCCUUUCGGUGGGCGUGCGGGUGCCUCCUGCCCGCUGGCCGCCUGGGGCUGUUGGGACUGCAGGCUCCCGGUCUGCUGGAGGCAGUCCCGGUCCCUCUCUUUCCCAUGCUGCUGUCAUUGUUUUGCUUCCCUGUCCCUCUCCUCUCUAUUCUUCUGUCCUGCUCCUUCUUCCUUCCUCUUGUUCUACCGCUCCCAUUUCAUCUUCUGUCUGCGCUUUUGUCCUGCUCCCUCUCCCUCCUUCUUUUCAUCCUCCAUCUCUGUCCUGGAGCCCAUCGCUGUUUUUUCUUUUCCAUCUCUUUGUCCUGAUCUGCAUCUGUAUGGUUUUUUUCCCACAAUUUCUCUGGCUUGUUUCCUGGCAUUCUUUUCCUCUCUGCGCCUAUAUGUGCCCCUCCAUGUCCCUGCCUUCCUAUCUUUCUCCCUCCUUUUCUUUCUCUCUCUUUCCCUUUGUCUUGCUCACGGUCACUGUUUUUUUUCAUUAUGCAUCUCACUGUCUUUAUCCUUCUUCCUGUUCAUCUCUUACUCUUUCUGACCCUUUGUGCUGCUCCCUGUUCCUGUUAUUUAUUGCUUCACCUCUCUGUCUUGCUCCCAGUUCCUGUUUUUUCUCUUGCUCCAUGUCUCUGUCAUUCUCUCUGUUGCUCUCGUUGGCUCUUUAUCCCAGUGUUCUGCUCCCCAUCUCUUGUCUCUUUUGCAGCAUCCUGCUUUCUGGCUCCCAGUACCUCACCUGUUUUCUAUAUCUCUCUGUCCUUCCUCCUGUCUUUCCUUGUCCCUCUGGCCUGCUACCCAUCACUAUCUAUUUUUAUUUUCUCCAUCUUUCUGCCUCAGUCCUGUCAGUCUCCUCCUCUCUCUGUCUCUAACGUUUCUUUCUCCAUCUCUGCCCUGCUCCCUGUCCCUUUUCUCUUAUUCUCUCUGUCCUCUCUCUUCCUCCUAAUUUUUUGUCUGUAUAUCUCCAUACCACUGCCUAUCACAUCAUUUCUCACUGUGUCCCCCUGCCCAGCUCGCUGUCCCGUUAUUCCCCCUUGUCCUGUUCCCUGGCCUUUUUUCUCAUCCUGUGGUCCAUCAGACCAUCUUCAGUAAUGGGAUGGUCUACGUGGUACCAGGUUUGCUGGCGUUGGAUGGGAUUGACCUUUCUCAAAGGGGGAAGAGGGUCUUUGCUCAUGAGCUAGCAGGGCUCAUUGACAGAGCUUUAAACUAGACUUGAAGGGCUGUGAGAGACUGAACUGUGAACUGUUUGUCUCGAGCCUAUAAAAGACCAUGGAGACAAGACAUGGUGUGCACCCACCACCAAAGAAUUGAAGAUUGAGGACCAACGGGACACCGCUGGAUCCAUGGUGGUGAAGACUCUGGAGCCUGCCUGAAGGAACACAUGAACCUGCUGAUUGGCUGCGUGGUUUUGUCGGUGAUUGCUUUGUUAAUAUUUAUAGGAUGUUUGGCAUACCACCGCAGACGUUCUUUUUGUUGACCAUUGUCGCCACCUUUAAUAUUUGGGGAAACUCCUGUGCCCCCCUCAUUGGCUCAUUGUGGCAAAAUGAAUUUAUUGUUUUAGGCCAGCAAGCGGCCAACACUUUUAACCUGACUAAUUGUUGGGUAUGUGGCGGACCCUUGGAUUUGGAAAGCUGGCCAUGGACUGCUGUCCCUAUUUCCCCGAAAUGGUUAGUGAGUAAUUACAGUGAGGUCAAAAAUGAUUCUUAUUGGGGUGAAGACACGCAGCCCUGGGCAAUAAGAUACCCAGCCCAAGGUGAAUAUUGCCUGAACCGAACACAGAAAGAUGGUGUCCCUGUGGGAAACAGCAAAUGUAACUGGACCUAUACUUAUGGCAACCAUUGCCUCACUGACGGUUGUAGACCAAUUAAUUGUUCAGGAAACACAAACUCGGACCCUAUUUCACACAAUGCAGGCUACCAGACGUAUUGUAGCCUCUUUAGUUCCCAUUCCUCGAAUUUUGUACCUCGCUGGCCCGGGUGGGCUUGGGUGAAUCAAACAGGGCACAGGAAGCAGUUUUCCAAUUUUUGGUCUUCCACUAAUCAGUCUAAUAACCGUCUUAAUGUUACCUGCUUUUGGCACCGUGGUUCUGGUGCCUGGAAAUGCAAAUUCACUGAUAAGACAUAUUCCUGGCUCCCUGACGGGACUCAAAUUUGGUGGUCAAGUGAUAAUAAAGACUGUCAGGGACAUUUGAACAUGGGUCCGGAUGGACUUCCUAUCUGUUGGGGCACCACAGAGGAGGUAGGAAAAGCCAUGGACAGGUUGUUGAUGAAUGGUCCAUCAAACCAUCCUCUAGGAGUAGAUAAUACAACAUAUUUCCAAUCACCAUGGACACCCACUGGUUUGUUGGAAAAUGGUACCCGAGCCUUAAAAGGCCACUAUUGGGUGUGUGGCCAACAUGCCUACAAACUGUUACCAGCAAAUUGGACUGGAGUGUGUUAUGUGGGGGUAAUUCACCCCUUGUUUUUUCUGCUCCCGGAGAAUGAAGGUGAUGGACUGGGUGUUAAGGUAUAUGAUGAUCUUAAUCGAUAUCGGCGGUCCAUUGAUACCUCUGUGGCAGGUGGAAGUGGUCAAACCUGGGGCAAAGAUGAGUGGACCCCUCAACGUAUCAUACAACAUUAUGGACCUGCCACCUGGAACCCCAACGAGGGGGUUAGUGGUGCUCGAGAACCUAUUUACAAUCUAAAUCACAUCAUUCGGCUGCAAGACGUGUUGGAGAUUAUUACCAACCAAACAGCCAACGCCCUUGAUCUAUUGGCAGAUCAGGCUACCCAAAUGCGAACAGCGAUAUUUCAACAUCGCAUGGUUCUCGAUCACCUGCUAGCCGAAGAAGGAGGUGUUUGUGGUAAACUAAAUGAUUCUAACUGUUGCUUAAAAAUUGAUGACAGUGGUAAAAUUUUAACACCUGCUGUAUUGCCCUUUGCAAAGAUCUAUGAACACAAUUAAUUAAACACAGUAAAAGCAACAUUAUACCUAAUAAAAUACAUAAGAAUAAAAGAAACCCCGAUUUUUAACAAAGAUACAAACCA